AUGGCUUUGAUUUUUUGGAAACAGGAAACAGAUCUUAUAUGUUCUGCUUUAUUUGCUAGUGCAGUACUGAAUGCGUUGGCUGAAAAGGCAGCCCUUUCUAAUCAUAUGGCACAAACUGUAUCAUUAGGAGAAAAUGCGAGGUAUUUUGAAUCAGAAGCCUGUAAUGUGAUGACAGAAUUAUAUAGAAAUGAUCGGGAAAAGGCUCUUAAAAUACUAGUUACAAAGGUUGGUCGAUUCAAUUCUACACCUUUACAGAUCGCUUAUUCGCAAAACUUGAAGAUGUUUAUGGCACAUACAGCCUGUCAAGCAAAGCUCAGUAGUAUAUGGAGUGGAGAUAUUGCACUUUAUACACCAACAUGGAGGGUUGGUAUGGCAGUAGUUUUCCCUAUGUUGAUCAUUCAAAACAUAGGAUUCAUAACCAUUCAACAGAAAAACAAGAAUUCACAUCAAAACAAGCCAAAUCAACAUCGGGUCAAUUGUGCCCCGCACCAAAAUACAGACAUCAACAACACUAAGGAAACUAAGGAAAAUGCUUUUCUUGGAAUGUUGUACUGCGCAUACCUGUUUUACAUAUCGCCAGUAGCAAAAUUUUUCUUUUAUAUGAUUACUUACCUGGCGUUCUUGGUGAUGUUUACAUUAUUUGUGUUGACUGAUUUAUACCCUCUGUCAGAGAGACCACCUUCUACGCUUGAAUAUUUAACGUGGGUAUGGACUUUGUCGCUAGCACUGGAGGAAAUUAGACAGAUAUUGCAGACAAACAGAGGAUCACUUACACAAAAUCUUCAGUACUGGGCUAAAGAUGUCUGGAAUGUAUUUGACAUUGCGAUGUAUUUUCUUUUUCUUGUGUCGGUGAUACUCAGAUGUUUACUGAAUUCGAACCAAUUUUACUUUGCCAGAAUGUCUUAUGCUAUUACUUUAUCAAUGUUUAUCUUACGAAGCAUGCAUUUCUUCUUCAUUCAAAGAUAUAUUGGGCCUAAAGUUGUUAUGAUUGGCAGGAUGGUAAAUAUUCAAUAA